AUUGCACCGUUCAGCGGUCGCGACAGGCCACAAUGACAACUUCAGAGGUCGGCGACUCAUCACCCAUAUAAUUGUUCUUCCCGCCCCCACCCCCACCCUCGAGUUCUCUCCUCAUAGCUGAUCUCAUGCCCUAUCAAUGAUUUGCGGCAACAGCCUUCGGUCCCCUGGACCGGCAACGGUGACGUUCGGGGCCAAUCGAAAUCGAAUGCAUUAAGACAGUUUGCGACGCUGCCCCCCAUGACGCCAAUGACCCCCCCGGGUAAAUACGCUCCGCCGGAUGCGUGGGAGGCUCAUCGCGGCAUCAUUAGUGACCUGUACCUGAAGCAGAACAUGACGCUGAGGAGGGUGAUGGAAGUCAUGGAACAGGAAUAUGACUUUCAUGGAACAAUCAAGAUGUACAAGCUGCGCAUAUCGAAAUGGGGCUUGCGCAAGAAUUUCAAACGUCGCGAUGUUGAUGAUCUCCUCCGUCGGGAGCAAACGCAAAACGGGACCAGCCAUAUUGUCGUUUCCAGGGAUCGGAAUGUGGCCAGUGGGAUGGCCAAGGCCGGCACCGGGAAUGUUUACGGCGGCAUCCAAAAACUACCAAAAAAAGCGACCCCAAAGUUGAAGCAAACAAGCACGAUUCAGGAGAAUGCAUCCCUGCCAUCGCCUAUCUCUUGCCGAGCCCCUUCCCCUGAACCUCCAAUCUCAUUUCUCUUCUCGCUAACGACGCCCGACGUCGUACGAGUGCCAGAGGAGUGCAUGUACCUUUCACAACAGUACAUCUACGGCGCGUUCUCUACAGGCCUAUGGAUGCCUGCCAUCCCCGAACCCGAAUGCGGUGUUCGGGAAGCAAAAAUACUGGCCUGGUAUAAUAUCAUUAUCGGUGGAUCCGAGUUAUUUAAGCAGGGCAAAACGAAACACGCCUUCAAGAUGUUCCAGGACGGAUUCGCUCUUUACUGGAGCCUCCUCAAAAUGUCGGAUCCGCGCCUACUCGCUUAUAUGUACAUGGCGGCCAUCUACCUGUCCGACAUCGUUCCUGAACUCACCAGGUCCAUGUUCAAGUACGCUGCUGGUCUGUGUCGCGUUGUUUACCAAUCAUCGCAGCACCCGCUGUACCUCUACAUGGACAUGCUAGCGUGCAUGAGCACAAGCGAGUUCCGACGAAACGCCCGGGCUCUGAUAUCUUGUUUCCUUCAGAGCACGGAGACUCAACUGGACUCAAACAGCGAUUUAGCUAGAUCGAUCAUGUUUCUCCACAGUCCCGUCACCGCCUUCCUGGCAUCUAAGGACCUCCUAGAUAUCGCAGAGGUGGAGCGCACGUCUGCCCGCCUGGUCAACAAGCUCGAGCAAAUGCCCCUGGACACGGGCUCGCAGGUAUGCCGCAUCAAGCUGCAUCUCAUCAAUCUCUACGAGGAGAAGAAUAAGUUCCCGGAGGCGCAUCGGCUGAUCGCUGAGGUGCUGGGCUCCGACGAGAUCAAGCGGUAUCCUAAACACCUUCACUACCUCAAUUACUCCAUGAUGAUUAUCGCCCGCAAGGAGGGCAACCACGGGACUAUUCUUGAGCUGGCGGACAAGGUCAUUGGAUUGUGUAUGAACCGCUUGGCACUUGGUGAUCAGACGGGAAUUGGGAUGUCUGUUUCGACGCUUUCUACGCUGGAGGAGUAUCUGCGAGAAAUUGGGUAUGUCGAGAAAGCGGACAAAUUACGCGCGGAUGUGGAUGCCGCAGUUGGCGAGGCGGAUGGAAAUGAGGACAUAUUGGGGUCGAUUGAUGCACGAGCUAAGCAGGAGGAGGAAGAAGAGAAUGAUGAGUAACGUCCCACACCCACAUCCGGGACACCCCCACAUGUGGGACACCUAAAAAUGCCUCAUCAACACCGCUAGCCUCCAACUUCAACCUCUUUUAUCUUUACUAAUAUCGAUUCAAUCG